GUUUAUAAAUAAAAUGUGGGAAUUUCGAAGGUCAUGUCAAACUAAUCAAAUCGAGCUCCGACAAAAAGUUUCAAUUAAGCGGCUGAACACUUUUUCACCCAGGAAAGACCAGGACAAAAAAAAGGUGUUAUUGGACACUACACAAUGUUUAAAUCAACCAAGAAAAAGGUUACAAAUGUCUGUUUCUGACAAUAAAUCUGAAGAAAAAUCAAACAACAAUAUAGCAACACAGGAUAUUUACAACAACACAUCAACAAUAAAUAUUAAAUCUGUAUAUAAUAAAGACAGUGACAAACUUUCAUCUGAACCUUUUAAUAUAUAUCAACAAAAUGCCAUUGAGAGAGCAAUCCAUACCAAUCAGCCAUCUGCUUUAUCACAUGUUAUCACACAAGUACCACAAAUGGAUAUAUUACUCAAAAAGGACAUAACAACUAAAAUCAAUAAUGCUGGCAAGAAACUGUGUAAAAGGAAAGGCAACUCAUCUGUAUUACUUAGUAAGGAUUAUACGCAGUUGUCAAGCCAUACAACAGAUGAAUUGUGGAAGGAAUUAAGUGGUAAUUUUCCUUUUGUUGUUGACAUUUUCAAUACUUUGUCAGGUAAAUCAUGUGAUAUUGCUGACUCUCCGAAUGAGCUAAAAAUACAGUAUUGUUUUUUAUAUGCAAUCUUGAUGAAAAACAGAUGGCAUGAACUCAGUUCAAUUCAGAGAAUCAAUAGUGUUUUGCUGAUUGAAGGUGGAUGCAGCAAACAGCUGCAAAUCCGACUAAACAAGCUUGGCAUUUGUUUGUCUCCUUCAAAAAAGACCAAUUUGUUGGAAUUAAUUGGUGGGCAUUUUCUUGACUCGACAAUUGCAAAAAUAAAAGCAGGUUGUACAUUUCGGGGAACAGGCGAUAACUUUGAUUUAAGAAUUUUGAAAGGACAUAUGAGAAGUGAUAACGAUAAUGAAGAUCUACACCUAUUUGCCACCAAUUUUCUGGAAAAUCGUAUCAACUUCACUAAUUUUCCAAAUGUUACACCAAGGGCAGAUAUCACAACAGUUCUUAGAAGUAAAUUUACCUUAAAUCAAGCAGAAUGGAAAGCCUACAUUAGCACAACAAAAAUUCUCAUCGCUCGAGUGCUUCUGCAAUUCUUUCCAAAGUUCAGUAUCUUUAAGCAAAUUGUUCCUAGCCACAUAGAACACAAGUACACAAAUAAAUUGAGCAAAAAACCAUUCAUUGUUUCAAUGCCAAUAAUGGAUGCAAAUGAGAACAAAUAUGGUGACUGUGUGAAAAUACUAAGGACAUAUGAGGACUGGAUUGCAGAACUAUAUAGUAAAGCUGGCUUGUUGCAAAAUUUACCCAAACGGGAACAUCCACCACUGCCUGAAGAACCUGCUUCGGUUGGUCAGACACAAUCACAUACGUUGUUUACAGAAGGUGAUGUAAUGAAGGAAAUGAAAAUUCCAUUUUCCGGAGACCAGUUAACACGUGUGCGUUUUGCAGGUGCCAAAGACUUACUGGCUGGAUCACACACUCCUACAGAUCGUUUUGAACAUUGCUCGCCUUUUAAGCCUGUAAUGUGGCAUUGCAAGGCUUCUCUUCUUCAAUAUUCCUACCACUUAUUAUAUCAAGGUGAUUCUGUCAAUCAACAAGGAACUUUGAAAUGUUUUAGAGAAAAAUUUAAUCGAAAAAAUGCAACACCCUUCAAAGUUCUUGACUCAUAUGAUGGCAGUGAAGAAUUAUUUUUAAGCAUGGGAAAGGCAUAUAUUGUAACUGCUGCAAUAAAAUUCUUUGGUAUGACUAAUCUAGAUGAUAAACCGACUAUCCAUUGUUAUCCCCCUAAUCUGGCACAUAAGUCUACAGAAGAAAAACAUCAGUAUUUUGAUCACGUUUUAACUGAGUUUGUCGACACAUACGUUCUUCAAAAAUUUGUCACUAAUGAAGAUGACUAUGUACAGAACUAUGGCCUAUGCACAAUUUUUUUAACUCUCUUACUGAUGCAGUUAAAAGACACAGCAAAAGAGGGAGAUGGAGACAGAAAUCUUAUUAACCAAAAAUUACUUUUGGUUGUCUUCAAAUCAUUAGGAGCUUACAGCAAAUAUGCUAUUGAGAUGUUUCUCAGCAUAGCUCAGAUGGAAUGCUUAUUAACUCCCAGACUUUCUGAGGAGUUUAAGUGGGGUUUUUUUAGCAACUGGAAAGGUGGGAAAGGAAAUAAUGUAGAGGACGAUUUGGUACAAGAAAUAAUGAAUAGAGUGACAAAGGGAAUUGUUCAGAGAAUGGGGGCAAAUAAGUCAGUGAAAUCUAUCAGCAAAAUCAGCAAGGCAGCAAAUGGAAUUAAAGAGAUUGUAGAAAAUUUUGAUCAAAAUGCUAAAAUACAUGCAUCAUCGACACAUCAUACAACGACUGACAGUAUGAAGGAUGAAAAAGAAAUGAUAAAAGAUUUAAUACUGCUUGAUCCAUUUAACUACAUAAACGGACGAAAACAUCACAGUUUUCCUAACAUUAAAAGAUCGCCCUUGCGUUAUUUAAAUAUAGCUGAUUUUCAUUUAUGGGUAGAAAAGCACAAACAACUAAUUUCCUUUGUUUAACAUAUAUAUAUAUAUACCCAUAAGCUGACAAAAUUUGGCAUUUUGGCUGAUUGAAUUUUUUUUGUGGAUGAAAUUGCAGAUUUCACCAACUUUGUCAUGCAAUGGU